AUGUGUGAAGAUUAUGCUAAUGUGGUUAAAACAGUCGAAUAUUCUUUAAUUAAAAUGUUAGCCCGAACAAGUAAAAAAAUCAAGCAUUUAAAUCUCACUCAAAUCUAUAAUUUUGAUGGAAUUUAUAAUAACUUUGAUGAAAUUUAUGGUAACAGUAACAGAAUAGAGAAAACAUUAGAAGAUUUUUUUUACGAAAACGCCACUAUUACUUCAUUAAAAAUUUCUGACAUGGUAUUUAAUCUUAAA